AGGUAGACGAUUGGAUGAAAGGCUUUUUAAAAUUGCAGAAACUCAUGACAAAUUUGGAGUUCCUUAUACUAGAAAAGAUAAUAGUGAAAUUAAAAGAAAAGCAAUAGCCAUGACACGAAAAGGUAUCCGAAAAAAUAAAAAAGAAUCACUUAAUAAAGAAACAAUUGCAUCUACUGGUAAUAUUUCAAAAGUCAAAAGAAAUAGAAUUAAUGAAAAAGAAAAUAAUUUAUCUGAAGAAAGCAAUCACAAUAUUUUGCAAUUAGAAAUUGAGGAACGUAAAAUGCAAUUAACUGAAAGACAAACAGCAAAUCGUAAAGCUUUAGUGGAAAUUGAAAAAUUGGAAUUAGAAAAUCUUAGACUGCGUAAAGAAAUAAAUAAUUAA